AUGAAGACCUUUAGUGUCCUUGUUGCUGUGGCGGUUGUUCUCACAUUCAUCUGCUGUCAGCAGAGCUCUGCUGUUCCACUCACUGGGGUGGAAGAGCAACAGGAGAUGAUGAUGGAGAGUCCUGCAGAAGAACAAGAGCAAAUGGCCCUGCACCUCUCGGAGAUGCCGCACAGCAGAGAGAAACGUGGCAUCAAGUGUCGCUUCUGCUGCGGCUGCUGCUCUUCAGGAGGCUGUGGAGUCUGCUCGAAAAAAAAAACCAAAACAGGAAUAUCCCAGAUGUGGGAAACACUGGGUGCUGAGAAACUGCUCCUGCUGCUGAUGAAGCAACUGAAUCUCAGCCAGGAUAAAUACCAGCAGAUUCUCUGCAUCCAGGCAUCAGACAGAACCAUCCAGAGCUGGAAUCAAACCUUCAACCACUUGAAGAUGAAGCCCUUCAGUGUAGCAGUUGUGGUGGCCAUGAUGGUGGUUGUUGUGUGUGUUCAUCACAGCUCUGCUCUUCCAUCCAGUGAGGUGGAAGAAGAACAGGAGAUGAUGAUGGAGAGUCCUGCAGAGGAACAAGAGCAAAUGGCCCUGCACCUCUGGGAGAUGCCGCACAGCAGAGAGAAACGUGGCAUCAAGUGUCGCUUCUGCUGCGGCUGCUGCUCUUCAGGAGGCUGUGGAGUCUGCUGCAGAAAAAGAAGAGGCUGA